AAGCGCUUUGGGUGUACAGCAAUACACAAUAAAAGCGCUAUAUAAAUGCUUCCUUCCUUCCUUCCUUCCUUACCAUAGGUAUAGGUAGAUGCCAUAUUCGACUAGUCGCGUCCGCCAUCGUGGGCAUCUAACUCAAUGUCUGUGGUUUUUAGCAUGAUGUCCUAGGAUAAUCAUUAAGCUUUGCUAGUGAUAAACAGCUUAAACACACUAUUCCCUGCUUUCACAGACAGAGCUUAGACUAAGCCAGGAUCAGUGUUGGGUGUAAUGCGUCACAAAGUAGUUAGAUUACUUAUCCACUGAAAAAGUAAAGAUUACGGUUCAUUUUUAGGUAAUUUAAUUACAAUUACUUAUAUAAAUAAUUGAAGUAAUUUAAAAAAAAAGAACAUACAGUAAAUUUCAACAGUUCUAAAAUCAAUAUUGAAUUUGAAAUGUAAAUAUACCGUCUAAAGAGAAAAUUGAAUGCAGCGGCUAACCCUCCGCGCGCCGGCUCGAUUUUCCUGAUUCACAGAGGAACCUUAAAUACUCAGAUACAUAUAAGACUAAAAUCAAUAGAAUCUAAAAGGCUUGAAUUUUACUUUUAAAUGAACAAAUUCAAAUCGAAAACGAAUAUUCCUGAUUAUGUAAUCUGUAUGAAAGCGAGGUACAGUCUUUCCCGUAUCUGAGCUCAUUACAUGCAGUCACCUGCGCGCAAACGCUCAUACCUAGAUACAAAAAAUAAAAUCAAGAUUCAUCUAAUUUUCUUUCAUUUUUGAAAGAAGACCUACUAUGAGGAAUUUACCUCAUAGCAGCGAAAUCUGACAUUGCUUUAUUCAGCAGAGAAGAUCAUUUCUGUAAUUUAUUCUUACCUACAUUGGUUAACGUGUUAUUUUUACAUAAACCUGUACGGAUUUUACUAGUUGGGCUUUUCCUGAACAUAUUGCCAAACUGAAGUGUAUUGUUUAACUUUUAAGCUUUUUGUUAGUCAGAUAUUACAGUUGUUUUAAAGCUAAAAGGCUAAACUAUUCUAUGUUUGACUCAAAUUGAAAUAAUAAAGUUUUGAAAAUGAAAAAACAUUACCAGUGUGCAUCUUGAGACAAAACAACGGCACUGACGUAUUUUAAGAUCAGUCUGUGCAAGUUUCUUUCAGCUGAAACAGCUCAGACUUAAAUUUUAAUCUGGGAGUAGGCUUAAGCCUUGAAACUGAAACUGGAGGUGUAAGUCUUACUGUACAAAAGUGUCGACUCCCUCAAUGAAAGUACACGGGACUUUUCAUAGUUUCGAUCAUCCGAAAAUCGUAAGUACGUUCAGUUAGGGGGAAAAAAAUUCCAACCCGAGUUUGGUGGUUGUAGCUUGAAAGCUCUAGGAGGAGAUACAUUUUAAAAUCUAGUCUCAGAUGAAAAAGCAGCAGCAGCUUAAAUAGCAGAUAAAUAAUUUGGCCUUUUCAAGACAACUUAAUUACUGUAGCAUAUCACAUUAUUACAUUUUAGAUACUCUUCCUUGAGGCAAACUCAGACCUUCCUCCCAAGAUGACCAACCCACACUUUGGUUAGUCCAAGUUAGGUCAGGUUUCAACAAAUGGUGUGGGGAGAGUUAUGGGGAAAGAGCAAGCAAUAAUGACUUGGUAAGCAUUCUAAAUAUGCAGUAAUAUAUCUUGAAUUGUAAUUAAAAUGUAUGUUUUUCCUCAAUCGCUAUUUUGUAUCGGUAUGUAUGUUGUCCAGUUAUUAUGGAGUCAUGUUUUUGUCAUAAAAAAUUUCAAGAUAUACAUAGAAUUCUGAAUUUCAGGGGGGGUGGGGUUCUUCCACAGAAUAAAACUCACCAUUCUAUUAGGUAACGGAAGUCAACAUUUGAGAAAUGAAUGAAUAGUUUUGAUGAGCUCAAGGGCACAUGCAUCACGGCCCCGCAGGCCCACGUGAAUAUGCCAUCCACAUGUUCUUCACCUCUCUCCUGGUCUCAAUGUGUAAUUACAGUCAAACCUCUUUCCAUUCCUGCUAUAGCUGUGAAUAAUGCCUAGAAACAUAGUGACAGUGACCAAGUUAAAUGUCAUUAUUGACACAAAGUUAUCAAAUAACCAAGUCAAGUAAAUGUUUGUAUUGACUUUAGGUUAUGUAACGUGUGGUGCAGAAAUCUGCUUUUCCUGCGUGGGUUUAGGUGUAUGAUUAGGAUUUGUGGUGGGUUUCGGAGACAGGAACCAAUCAGACAGCAGUCUCCUCGGUGUAUGAACCAAAUAAAAGUAGGGAGUCAUAAUCUGGUGUUGAAGAGUCAGAUUUUGGACAAGCAUUUGUUGUUCUGCAGAGACCUACAGAGUACUUGUACGUGACUAACUUCAUAGAGGGUGUGCAGUAGUCCUGGUUGAUUUCAGUAAUAAUGGCAGUCUGGUCUCUUUGUCUGUCUUUCUUUCUGCUCUUUGCUCUGGAUGCUGCAGGGGCAACACCUCUUAAUGGCACAAGCAAUGGGACAACACCUCUUAAUGGCACAAGCAAUGAGACCAUUGACCUGUACACAAAGAUAGACGGAAAGUGUGCACCAACCGGUGGCUGCCUGUGGUCUGCAUAUGAUUGUAGAUGCUUCCGCUUUUUUAGCUGCGGGACGUCCUGGAUUGAUGCAGAGAAACAGUGUUUGGACUACAACGGGCACCUCGCCUCUGUACACACUAAUGCGGAGUACACCUUCAUACAGAACCUGAUUAAAUCUCAAACUCGAGCUUCAACUGAGGCCUGGAUAGGAGGCUAUGGCUCUGUUUCAGUAUGUUUGUUUAAAUUAAUUAUUAUUAUUAGUAGUAGUAGUAAUAGUAUUAUAAAAUAUUUUGUAUAUUGUACUUGUGUUUUUGAGCGAUGUCAUAGUAUUGAAGAAAGAUUAGGAUACAGCUGAUACGUUUGUCAUGUUAGUUCUACUGGGCAGUUUCUAUAGAGAAACACAAACGUGUUUUAGAUGCAUAAACAUUACAUUUUCAUUUACAUUAAGUCAUUUAGCAGAUGCUUUGAGCCAAAGCGACUUACAAAUGAGGACAAUGGAAGCAAUCAAAAUCAACGGAAGAGCAGCGUUACGCAAGCGCUAUGGCAAGUCUGAGUUAGCCUAAUGCAGCGCACGAAGCAAGGCCUUUUUUUAAUUAUAUAAUGAAUAAAAAGAAAACAAACACAAAAAUAAUAGAGAAGCUAGUGUUGGUUAGUAAACGAAUAGAGUGAAAGUCUAAAAGAGGCAAGUAUUUUUUUUAAAGAAUAGAAUUAGAAUAGAGAGUGCUAGAGUUAGAGGGUCAAAUAAAAAUGGAAGAGAUGUGUUUUUAGCCGAUUCUUGAAGAUGGCUAAAGACUCAGCUGCUCGGAUUGAGUUGGGCAGGUCAUUCCACCAGGAGGGAACAGUUAAUUUAAUAGUCAGUGAAAGUGAUUUUGUGCCUCUUUGGGAUGAAAGCGACGUUCACUUGCAGAACGCAAGCUUCUAGAGGCACAUAAGUCUGAAGUAAUGAAUUUAGGUAAAGAGCCAGAGCCAGUGGUGGUUUUGUAGACAAACAUUAAUGCCUUAACAAAAUGGUUAAACAGAGGUGUGACGUGCAAACUUUUCGGCUCAUUAAAAAAAUACAUCUUGCAGCCACGUUCUGGAUUAAUUGUAGAGGUUUGAUGGAAUUGGCUGGAAGACCUGCCAAGACAGCAUUGCAAUAGUCCAGUCUGGACAGAACAAAAACCUUGAACAAGGAGUUGUGUUGCAUGUUCACGAAAGAAAGGCCCUGAUCUUCCUGAUGUUGAAUAAAGCAAAUCCGCAGAACAGGGCAGUUUUAGCAAUGUGGUCUGAGAAAGUCAUC